AGUGCCGUCCCGCUCUGCAGCCGCCGCCGGGCCCGGGACCAUGCGGCGGGCGCGGGCGCUGCGCCGCCACGGAGCUCUGCUGGCCUGCCUUUCCCUGGGGACGCUGCUGGCCCUCACCGACGCCAAGGGUGCCUUCUACCCCCCCGCCGCCCCGCUGCCCUACGGCGGCAGGUACAGCCUCUACACGGCCGGCUCCAGCCCGCAGCUCGGCAAGCCCGUGGGCAAGCACAAGAGCUAUUGUGCCUACGUGGUGCAGCGCAACGUGACGUGCACGCUGCAGGAUGGGGCUGAGAGCUACGUCAAGGCUGAAUACCACAAGUGCAGCUGGGGACCUAAGUGUCCAGGAAAAGUGCUGUAUCACACCUUCUUCAGACCUAGGUACAAGAUUGGAUACAAGACAGUGACCGAGCUAGCCUGGAGAUGCUGCCCAGGCUUCAUGGGAGAAGGGUGCCAUGACAGCCCGACUGACCAACCUGGCCUUCUGCCCCAGCAUCCCAGCCCUAAAAUGCCUCCUGGACAAAAGAUGUUUCCAAUCCCCCGACUUCCUCCCUACCCUAAAAGCCACCCUGACCUGUUUCCAGGACCAAAGAAGAAUCAGUAUGGCAGGAAGCUGCCUGGCCUCUUCGGGGACCGCCUGGAUCGGCUGGAGGAGGAGGUGAGGCGCCUGUCCCAGUCCUACGACAGCCUGCACACCAUGGUGAGCGGCCUGGGAGACCGCCUGCGGCUGGCCAUCCAGGAGGACACCACCAAGAUGAUUGGCUCCCUGAUGAACAGCCCGGGCACGCCUGACUCGACAGUGGGCUUUGGCAUCAUUCCUGAUGGGCUGGUGGAUGUGGCAGACAAAGCUGACAUCGCCACGUACCCUCCCGUGGGGGAGAUCCUGACCAAAGUGACGGAGGUGAGCGACGUGCUGAAAAGCAAGGCGGAUCUGUUGCACGAGGUUCGUGGCAUGGUCCUGGACCACGAUGGGCAGAUCAAGCACCUGCUGGAGUCAGCCCGGCCCUCGCCGCUCACCUCCAUCGACCUGCUAGAGGAGUACGUGGACACGCGGCUGAGCACCCUGCGUGGAGAGCUGCUCGAUGGCUUCGAGAAGAAGCUGGGGAAGAUCCAGACCAGCUGUGAUUUCCGCAUCCAAGAGGUGCGGCAGCAGUGCGAGGAGGAGAAAGCUGCCAACCUGCGGCUGCAGCAGACGCUGGACGGGAAGGAGCUAGAGAUAAAAAAAGAGAUCUCCCAGCUGGAGACCCAGAUCCAAGGGCUGACGGUGGUGGAAAGCUGCUGCAGCAACCUGGACUACCUCACUGAUCGCAUGAACAUCCUUGAGAAAGGCCUUCACAGCAUCUCUGAGUCCCAGAAGAACUUGCACUCACGCCUGGAUGGUGAAAUCUCCACUGUCACCCUAGGGAACCUUUUUGAAGGGCGCUUUGAGGACCUGGAAGCCAGACUUAAUGCCACAGAGAGAGAAACAGGGAGCUGCUGCUCCAGUGUAGAGGACAGCAUGAGAGGCACAGUAGUGGCAGAGGUAGAUGGCAUGAGGACUGCCUUUGAAGAUAAGAUACAGACUCUGGAGGAUAGGCUCAUGAUCAUUGUUGGGGAGCUGAACAAUGUCAGUUCUCCCGUGGGCAUGGACGGAGCGGUGGUGCCUGUGCUGGAGGGGGAACUCGCCAGCAUGAGAAAACAGACGGCUGAGACCUUGGAGGUGCUGCAGGAUCGCCUCAUCACACUGGAGAGCACCUGUUCCCUGGGCUGCACCUCUGCCUCCAAAGAUGUCGAGACCUUCCGGACUGAGAUUGAAGACUGCCAGAACAAGAACCAAGAUCUGCUCCUCCGGAUGGAUAGCAACUACGACCUCCUGCGCAAGCUGAACGCCACCAUCCUGGAGAUCCAGCGGCGGAUCGAAGAGGAAGCAUCAGGAGCUUUGCAAGGGGAGAUCACCUUGCUUAAGAUCAACCUGAACACUGUAAGCAAGUCUCUGACAGGACUCAAGGACUCUGUCUCCCAGUACUCAGACACAGUGACACACGUCAACUCCUCUCUGGAUGAGCACGAGCGCAAAAUUGAGGAUGAGGUCCACUCCAUCCAGGAGAAAGUCAAUGACCAGGGCUCCCAGCUCUUCUUCAGCAACCGGCGUGUCCUGAACCUCAAGGGAGACUUGGAGAGACUCAAAGCCAGGAUCAUCAAUGACCUGGGCUCCUGCAAGAGUGUGGCACAUGACCUGCAGCAGGAGAUCGCUCACUUCGAUGAGCGGGUGGCCCGGGUAGAGAGCGUCUGUGGCAGGCUGGGUGCUGUCACAGGGAGCCUGGAUGGCAUCAGGGACGAACUAGAGAAACACACGGGCAGCCUGUGGGACUACAUGGACCACAUGAAUGGGACUUUGGCUGCCCACUCUCAGGAAAUAACAGGACUGAAGGACAACCUGCUUGACUGCCAGGCCAAGGUCUCAGAGCUGGCAGAGCAGGUUGGCCACUUGGAAGAGCAGGCAGAGGGGAAGCAGCAUUAGCUGGGCCCCCGCAUGCUGCUUCCUUCUCCCCACGAAGGACAGAAUUAACUUAUAUCACACAGACUCACUCCAAUGUGACAACAAUUCUUGGGAUAACUUUUUUUUUUAAUGAAGAGAUAAAGCUGCUACAAACCCUUCUUUUAAUUAUUUUUACAUCUUGUCAGCUCCACUUCCCCUGUGUCGGUGCCACUCCUGCUGCAGCAGCAUCACUGCCUCCUGGCCAAGGGUGGUGCUUUGGCUCCUGGGCUGAUGAUCCCAGCAGGACCAUUCAGGGGGAAGCUGGAGACAGGAAUAUUGUUUUGUUGGUUUUUUUUUAUUUUUUUAAAUUUUAUUUUUUGUGGAUUUAUCCUUCUUGAAGCAUAAACCCUGUAGUUAGCAGUUGAAGAGUAGAAUUUUUCUGACCUAAAGACCAUUUGUGUCUUAAUCCAGGGACCGAGCAGAGCCAGGGCUCCUCAGAGGAAGCAAAAGUCUCCCCAGGAAUUGUGGAUAUCAAAGAGCACAUGUGCCUUCCCUUCCUCUGGUACAGUCAAUCCAUUUAUGGCACUCCCUUCUGACAGAGCACAGGAGGAGAUGCAUUGGGAAAGCAACCCGUGCAGAUAGGUGUGGUACAUGCAGGUAUAGCUUUGAACAAUCCACCAUCAUGGUGCUCAGCUGAUGGCAAAGUUUCCUCCUGCUGUCCCUGUAUCCCUUGCCCUAUCUGAUGAGCAGCUAAAAAUGGCCACAGCAGCAUGUGGGGGAGAUGCCCUGAGCCCUCAGGGCUGCUGUGCUCUCUGGUUACGCUUGGUUAUGGAAAACCCAGUCACAUGAAAGGUUAUGGCUUCCCAAGAGAGAGGCACGUCCAGAGGUGGCCGUGGAGAGCAAGGCUGGCAUUAAGCAGCCCUGGUGCUCUGCUUAAACUGUGAACGUGGUUCCAUUCAUCUCAGCCCAGGGCUGGAGAGCUGCAGCUGCUUUGCUCAUGUGUGGGAGUAAGAGCCUGCAACGUUGCUCUUAGCCCACUGGGGUGCCAGCAGCCCUGAAAGAGACUCACACGGCAUGGAGCAAGGCAGGACACCUUUGAAAAGGCCUCUCCUCAGCCUGGCACUGAAGAAGUUAUUGGCUCCAUUGACUCUAGCUUCCAAAACACGCAGGUUGUAGAAGAUCACACUGAGUCCUCAGCAACUCCAGCCUGGCUCUGUGGAGCAGGCAGCUGGACUAUGCAGCUAUUACACACAAACCCCACCUCUGCUGGGAAGCCCCAGGAUGGGGCAAACAGGGUCUUCACAACCAGAAAGGAUGAAUAGAAAAUUAGAGUCUCCAUCUCAACAGCUCUGGCACUUUAUAGCAGGGGAACAUAUUUUUAUGUCAGCUCAGCAUUGCAGCUCGUCUUCAACUCCCACCUCGUGCUCACCACCCUCACCCUAUCAUCCCUGCUCUUCUGAACCACAGUUCCCAUCCUGCUUCCCUCCAUCCUGCAAUAGAGCAGUGCUGGGCUCUGCGUAGCAUGAAGCAGCAGCAACCCCCAGCAGAGAUGCACCUGGGUGCUUUUUCUCCUCCAAAAAAAUGGGAUGAGAUCUCUGAAACAGAUGCUUCUAGACUGGGGAGGACCACAGGGAUCACCGAGUUCCACUGGCUGCAUCACAUUACCCUGAUGCAACCCACUGGCUUUUUCUCCUGCCAGAGAAGCAUGGGUCAUCAGCUGUAUGAGCAGGGAGAGAGGACCAAAAUUCCCACCCCACCGGAUGCUCACAGCACCAGGAUGCACUUUUGCUGUUCUGAGCUUUGCCAGAUCUGGAGCAACACUGCAGCUGCUGAGCCACUUCUCUAGCCAAGGAGCAAUCUCCAGCUGCCUUUGGGCAUCCUGUGAAACUUGCAAAAACUAUUUGUCCCUUCCUUGGAACCAUGAGAACAGUUUCAAGGCAGCCCUUGCCCCACAGGAGCAUCCCACCCAAGCUCCUUCCCCUUCCUCUCACAACAAGGAGAAAAGGGCCGUAGCAACCAAAGAGAAAACCAAGCCAAGAGCCAGGCUCAUCCCCUCCCCAGACCAGACCUGGGUUGGAGAGCAGCUCAACAGCAAGAGCCUUCCAGCACAGAGGGAGCUGAGACUGGCCCUAAUAAGAAAGAGACAAGGAAGAAGUUUGACCUUCCAGAACAUGGUGCUAUGUAUGGACUAUUCCUGACCAGUCACUUGAAGCUAUGGACAGUUUGUAUUUCAGUUCUCAGCUAUCCACCUUUAAAAAGUAAAAGGAACUUGAUACAAAAUAGGGCAUUUUAUUUUGGUUUUGUUUUGCUUGCAGAGAGGGAAGGACAUGGUGUGUAUGGGGUUGUCCUCAGAGGCAGCUUUCUGAAGUAGUUGGUAACUAAUCCUGGUGAAAGGUUUUUUUUGUCUUUGAAACCUACAUUUGUUCAGACUUUAAAAGGAAAAAAAAAUCUGUUUGUACUGGAAAGGAUUCAAAAAAGAAAGAAUAAAGUAUUUCUUGCUGAGGUUUUCAGGA